UCCUCUGUGAUGUCUGUCUGUUUUGCCCGCUUUCACCCAAACCUGGUCGUUGGUGGAACAUACUCUGGCCAAAUUGUCUUGUGGGAUAAUCGCAGUCACAGGCGCACUCCAGUUCAGAGGACUCCCUUAUCUGCUGCUGCUCACACGCAUCCUGUGUAUUGUGUGAAUGUAGUUGGAACACAGAAUGCGCACAACCUCAUUACCGUCUCUACGGAUGGCAAAAUGUGCUCCUGGAGCCUGGACAUGCUCUCAACUCCACAGGAGAGCAUGGAGCUGGUGUACAAUAAGUCCAAACCAGUGGCGGUUACAGGAAUGGCUUUCCCAACUGGAGAUGUCAAUAACUUCGUCGUUGGCAGUGAAGAGGGAACAGUCUACACAGCCUGUCGUCAUGGAAGUAAAGCUGGCAUUGGUGAAAUUUUUGAAGGCCACCAAGGACCCGUCACAGGAAUCAAUUGUCACAUGGCAGUGGGUCCAAUUGACUUUUCCCAUCUCUUUGUUACAUCAUCAUUUGACUGGACAGUCAAGUUGUGGACCACAAAG